CACUUCAGAACCACGCAUCUUUUUCUCUUUUUCUCUCUUUCUCUCUUCCUUCUAACAUUUACUCAAAACUCCAUCAUGCAUCAAGCAAUUCCUUAUAGGUCAUGGGGUCCUCUACACACCCCCACAACCCACUUCACCCCACACCCAUUUAUCACAGAUUCUGACAACAACAACAACAAUAGUAGUAGUAAUAAUAAUAAGAAGAAGAAGAACAAUCCUUCAUUCUCUGUUUCAUCCAAAGACCCUUCUGCAGCAGAGGGAACAAUGGUGCUCAACAUGGUUUCUGAAAACGCUGUUAUAGUGUUUGGGAGGCGCGGGUGCUGUAUGAGCCAUGUGGUGAAGCGUCUACUUCUGAGUCUUGGUGUUAACCCUGCUGUUUAUGAGGUUGAAGAGAAAGAUGAAGAGGGUGUUGUUAGAGAAUUGGAAGCAAUUGAUGGGAAACAGGGAAAUGUGCAGUUCCCAGCUGUGUUUAUAGGUGGCAAAAUGUUUGGAGGAUUGGAUCGUCUUAUGGCUACUCAUAUUUCUGGUGAAUUGGUUCCUAUGCUCAAAGAAGCUGGUGCUUUAUGGCUAUGACUCUCUCUGUUUCAUGACAUUAUAUUUAUUUCCCUCUAUUUUAAUUUUUCAUUUUCUCUAAUUCCUCUUCUUUGUAAAUUUCCGAAAUGUUUAUUAAAAUCACUUUCUUUGAGCCUUCAAUUUGGCAGGCUAGUUU